GCACGUUGCUUGUCGCUGACUAAUAACAAAUAUCAUUGUCUUACAGCUAACAGGGGAACAAAGCUGUUUAUACGCGCGCGCCCCGUCCCAUAUAAAAGGGCUCAGCGCUGACAGGGAGCCAGAGAGCCAAAAGCUCCUGAGGUGAAGCCAGCAUUACUGCGAGCACUCGCACCGUCACAAGAUCACCUGUACGUCUUGGAGCCUUUAUUUGAUCACACAAUGGAAGUAUUCUUUUGUCUUUCGUUGGUAUUUGCGACCUCAUCCCUUCAGGAAGCAGUGGCUGCAGUUAUCUCCACCCGUGUCCCCCAGGAAACCCCUGUCCACCUGCAGAGGUCCAAACGCUGCUCGUGUUCUUCGCUACUAGACAAGGAGUGUGUUUACUUCUGCCAUUUGGACAUCAUCUGGGUGAACACGCCUGAACACACUGUCUCAUACGGACUUGGCAGCCCUCCAAGAGCCAAGCGCGCUCUGCACAGAUUUGCUGCGGACAAGCUCGGAUCAAGAUGCCUGUGUGCUAACCCGGCAGACCGACGGUGUUCAAGUUUUUGUCAGCCGCCUCAGCGGUUCAGGAUACCGGCGUCACCAGACGACAUGACAGACAUAUCUAGAAAACAAGCAGGCAGCACAGAAAAGCAGCAUAAACACAGAUCUUCAUCUGGCUUCAGCAAAAACACAAGCUUUAAAUCUAGAAGUCACUCCGGUCCUUCCGCAGAUGUCACGAAUAGCACACUGAAAGUGCGCCUGCUGCUGGAAAAGUGGCGGAGAAAUCAGCGCAACCGAUCAAAAAUGAGGGAAAGUUUAUUAGCAGCCUCUUAAACGGAGUGAGGCACCCCAGGAUUUGGCCUCAGGCU